ACCCGGAACUGUGACGGGCGGGCUCUAUGGUGACGGGCGCCGCGCCCGCGGGUGAUGAUCGUGGUGGGCGCCGCCGCCGCCGCCGCGCCAUGGGGCCCCGCCGCCUGAGGGCCCUCGGGGGCGCCCCGCUGCUGCUGCUCGUCCUGCUGGGGUUGGCGGAGGCGGCCAGGCCGGGCUGGGCCCUGGAGGAUGUCACCGCCCAGCUCUUCGGGGACCAGGCCUUCGGGACCGUGGCCGCCUUCGGGGACUUCAACUCCGACAAGCAGACCGACAUCUUCGUGCUGAGGGGAGGAACUGAAUUAAUUAUCUUCUUGGCAGACCAAAAAGAACCCUAUUUUAAACCCAAAGUCAAGCUCAGGUUGACGAGUGUGAUCACCAGUGUAGUUCCCGGCGAUUAUAAUGGCGAUUCCCAAAUGGAUCUCCUCCUAACAACUCGCCUACAGAAUCAAACCGAUGCUGCCCUAUCAAUGUUUAUUUUCUGGGGGAAUAAUCAAACUCUAAAUAUCAGCGACAACUUUGCAUUAAAGAAGACUUUUCGUGAUGAGCCACUAAUCAUGGACUUCAAUGGUGAUUUAAUUCCUGAUGUUUUUGGAGUAUCAAUGGAAUCUGCAAUGCCAGAAAUACUUAUUGGCAGGAACUUAACAUGGCAUCCGGUUCCCGAUAUGCAGAGCAAAAUGCACGAGCCUCACUCUCACGCUUUCAUAGAUUUGAAUAAUGAUUUCACGGCAGAUUUGUUUCUUACGACAGAAUCCUCGAACAGAGUUCAGUUCGAAACAUGGGUAAAUCAGGAUGGAAAUUUUUCCAAACCUAAACACCCCGACCCGCAACCCGCAGGUGUGAAGGUUGUUGGACAAUCAGUGUUUGCAGAUUUUGAUGGUGAUGGACAGACUGAGCACUUACUGCCAGCCUGUGAUGAUGAAGCCUGCCAAAAGAGUGUCAUCUACCUAUCUAAGCCGCGAUCGGGCGAAUGGUUUCCAGUGUUGCAGGAUUUCACAUACAAAGGCACUUUGUGGGGCUUUGUUCAGUAUAAUCCAACUCCGGCUGAAUUUUCAGUCCCUAUCACCCUUCACAUCGGAGAUUAUAACAUGGAUGGCUAUCCAGAUGCACUUGCCAUAUUGAAAAACACAUCAGGAAGCAACCAGCAAGCUUUCUUGUUAGAGAAUGUCCCGUGCAACAACGCGAGCUGCAGGAGCGUACGCCGCAUGUUUAAGGUCCACUGGGAUCUCUCGGAUCUAAAUCAAAUCGAAGGCGCGGUAGUGGCAACCUUCUUUGACAUUUAUGAAGAUGGGAUCUUGGAUAUCGUUGUUCUCAGCAAAAGCUCUAAGUCAGACCUUGCCAUCCACACAUUAAAAAAUAACUUUGAAGCUGAUGCUUAUUUUGUUAAAGUCAUUGUUCUCAGUGGCCUCUGUUCCAACGAUUGUCCUCAAAAGAGAACGCCCUUUGGUGUGAAUCAGCCUGGACCUUAUAUUAAGUACACAACAGUAGAUGCAAAUGGAUACUUGAAAAAUGGUUCAGCUGGACAACUGAGUCAAUCAGCACACUUUUCUCUCCAACUCCCGUAUAACGUUUUGGGCUUGGGACGAAGCGCGAAUUUCCUCGAUCACUUGUACGUUGGCAUUCCUUGCCCUCCGGGUGGAAAGUCUACAAGGAAGCAGGAAUGGACGGCCAUCAUCCCGAAUUCCCAGCUUAUAGUAAUUCCGUAUCCUCAAGACAUGCCUCGAAGCUGGAGUGCCAAACUGUACCUGACCCCAAGUAACAUUGUGUUGCUCACAGCCAUUGCCCUGAUUGGGGUCUGUGUGUUCAUCCUGGCGAUAAUUGGCAUAUUGCACUGGCAGGAGAAGAAAGCAGAUGAUCGAGAGAAAAGACAAGAAGCCCACCGUUUCCACUUUGAUGCUAUGUGACAUGCCUUAAUAGCUUGAUGGAGAAAUUGCUGCUGGAUCUAAAAUACUACAUUCUGGCCUACAACAGCAGAAGGGGGGAGGGUAUUGUAACUGUACUAUUUGUAAAUGUUGCAUUGUUUUUAAUUUAUUUGGAAAGUGUUAAAAAAUCAAAGCUAUGUCACACAGCCUUCCAGUGAUUUGGCUGUAUAUAUUGUCGUUUACUCAAACCGUACAUUCUUUUUUAGUCAUGGAUUCUGUUGUACACAUUCCAUGGUUUACAUACCCUCAUUUUCUUCUGUACAUCUCACGAAAUGGAAGUUGCAUGUAAAUUAAAAAGUUUCGACAAGCAAAAUUCCUUUUAGUGCCGCUUGAAUUGGUCCUUCCACGUACACAACACCAGGAUGCAAAUUGCAUUUUUCUAACUGACUGUCCAGCAAGACAACUCUUACUGUUCCAACUGUUCGGAGUAUUUGAUUUGAAGCACUCCUGUCUGCUUUAUCUUUCUUUGAAUCUUUGCAGCCAAUCGACUGAGAGGAAGAACUUUAAAUUGGUAGAUGAUAACAUCCGACAGUAACUAAUUAAAAAACUCAUCAUGAUCGCUAUGAUUAAUAUAUUAAUAUUUGAUAUGGAAUUAUGUAAUUCAAUUGAUAUUUCAAAUUAUGCCUUUUUAAAACGGAAGAAUGUUGCAUGACUCUUUCUUAUUGGUGUUUGCCAUGCAGUUAUAGUAAAACUUAAUCAUGAAACAUUUGACUGCCAAGGAUGGAAUGAAGUUCUUGGGGAGCAGGGCAAAAUCCUCUAAGGAGGCGCGCGAGUGGUCCAUGUUCACAUGAUUAAGGACUGGAUUAUACUACAUUACAUUUUAAUUUAAUCUCAUAUGAGGCUAUGUUGCUGAUUCAAACUAAAUGAUUGCAGUCCCAGGGCUGCAAGCAAAGAGAAUCCCAGCUACGUCCAAUAUGUUCAUUGUUUUCCAGAUUCCAUUCAGGCUUGGGCUGUUUUAUUAAAUGAAUUAUGUUGGAAACAUA